AUGACAGCGGCGAAUGAGGACCCUGCGUUUCAUCUACCAAAGUUGCGCAGCUCUUUUGGCUUCGAGAAUGAUACCCGGUUUUUGAACAACGGUGAUGAUGUUCCCGAGUUCUUUGAUGUCAAGUUCUGUCCGUAUCAACCACUAGACUGCGAUCCGGUGUUUGCAGCCGUCAGCAAAAAACAUGCAAGUAGCAAACAUGGACAAGCAGGGCUCAGUACUCGGACUGACCAUAUCCAGGUUGUUGUAUGCAAGCUCUCUUCUGAUAAUGGAGAUUCAAAUCCAUGCUCGAUUCUGUCCGUAAUAAGAGAUGAUGACGAGGAUGCAUCGGGCUGCUGCUGUACCUGGACAAGAGAUCCUACGACUGGAGCGCCGUAUAUUUGCAUAGGAGGUGGAGAUGCCAAGGUGAAGAUAUACGAUGUGAGAACCUGCACAUUAGUAAACUGUUUUGCUGGACAUGGAGGUGACGUCAAUGAUCUUGCAACUUCGCCAAUAGACUCAUCAGUUAUUGCUUCGGCAUCCAACGACACGAGCAUUCGAAUAUGGAGUCUUGAAGAAAAGUUCAAAGCGCAACCCUGUCUGUGUAUCCUCGCCGGAGAGGGACAUUCUUGGAAUCUACUAAGUCUGGCAUUUCACGCCACUGGACGAUAUCUUGUCUCUGGCGGCCAUGAUCAAGUCAUCAAUCUUUGGACAAUGCCCGACCUCCCAACGGAGCCCGUCGUCACGCCGCUCCAGGUACAUUACCCGCACUUUUCCACAUCAGCCGUCCACAGCGGCAUCGUAGAUUGCGUCGCGUUUUGCGGCGACUGCAUCCUGUCCCGCGCAUGCCACGAUAAUGUCAUUGUGCUCUGGCGCAUCGAAGGCUUCUCGUCCGAGGGCCCGCCACCGCCGCAGAGCGAUGCGCCGACGGCGCAGGCGGUAGUGCCGACGAGCCUAGACGACCAGUCGCGGCUCACGCGGUCCUAUUUCGUGCCGGCCACGACGCCCGAGUGCCCGUCGCAAUACACGCGGCUGCUCGAGUUUCACACGCCCAACUGCGGACCGCAGUUCUUUAUGCGCUUCGGCCUGCACCACGUGCCCGGCCAGAAUCCCGUGCUGGCCUUUUGCAACGCCGGUGGUAACAUUCUCUUUUGGGACCUGCACCGCCUCAGCGUCUACCACGACGUCAUGCUCGCGCUGCACGACCCCGGGCGCGACCGCACCCAACCCCGCGCGCCGCUGCCCACCUGGCUCAAGGCCAUUAUUCCCCGGCAGCGUGCCGACAUGUUUGGUCGCAUAAAGGGGGUCAAGGAGAAGCGCGCGGUGACGGCGCCGAACGGCGCGCGACAAUCCUCGGUGUCGUCGUCGCGCGGCGGCGGCGGCGGCGGCGGCGGUGCCCCGGCAUCGGUAAGCAGUGCGGGAGGAGCGGAGGAAACGACGCCCGAAUUUAGCGCGGAGACGCUCGAGUCCUGGGCGUCCAAGUACAGCAUGGAGGAUCCGCACGAGCCUGUCAAGGCACACCGGACCGAGUCGUCUGCGGCGACGUUUGUCGGACGGCAGGCGGCGUGGAGUCCGGGUGGUGAGUGGUGCGUGGUGGUGGGCAGCUCCAAUACGACGUUGAUACUACAACGGUGGGCGAAUUAA